AUGGUUACAGCUACAACCCUCUUGGUUCCAAACCAAAACAACCUAAACUUGAAAGGUAGACGAAGCAACAAAUCAUUAAAAAGCGUUCGAUCUAGCCGGUCAAACCAAUCAAAGAGGUCAAACUCAUUUGACGAGAAUCAACCCAAUCUAGAAAUAGAAUCAAAUAAAUCAUCGACAUCCACCACCACAGAAAACGAAGUAAUAGUCUGUUCAUUAUCCGAUUCAUUAGAUGUUAUAAUAGAAGUUGGUGAAGGAUCCAACGUAAAGAAAUUUAAGACAAAUUCCGAGGCACUUAUUCGAUGCCCUUAUUUCAACGCGGGCCUUUCAACGAGGUGGGCAGAAAAAGAAAAUGGUCAUUACAUGUUUAAGAAACCAAAUAUUACACCACAAAUAUUUGAAGUUAUUUUAAGUAUAUUGCAAUUAUUGCUAGCAGCUGAAGAAUUUAUGUUAGAUGAACUUUGUGAAUUGAUUCAUGAAAAUGCAUAUAACUGUAAAAACUUUUGGUAUCAAGAAGAUUCUGCAACAUUAUUAAAGACAAUUUUUGAGUGCGAAUCUUUUAUUAAGCUACGAGGUCCAAUGACAGACUGGAUAAAUGAAAAUCCGAAUUGGCUUUUUAAUUCACCAAACUUUGGCUCACUUAAAUUAUCGAUUCUAAGAUCAAUUAUUUCAAAUAAUUCGGUCAAUGACUCAUGUAAAUGGGAUAUUUUAAUUCAAUGGAGUGUUUCACAAAUUGUAUCGCUCGAAUCAAAAGAUAGCACUAAAUGGUCGGUAGUCGUAUUCGAGGUGUUGAAGGAGAGUCUUGCUAAUCAUCUUUCACUUAUAAGAUUUUCAUCGUUAUCAAGAAAUGAUUAUUAUAACAAAAUUUUACCUCUACGAGAAGUUUUACCGGAUAUUAUGGAUUCCACAUUACAAUAUUAUCUUAAAGAAGACAAAAAACAAUCGCAUCAUACUCAUUCCGAUUCGGCAACAUCGAUGACAAGCUCCACAGCAUCUUCGAUAAGAACACGAAUAAUCCUCGAAGAUUCAAAUAUCAUCAAUCACGCACAAGCAUUGAAAAUCUGCAAAUGGUUGAAUGGCAGCAAUAGCAUAUUGAAAAAAAAUGACAUCAAUUAUUCUAACUUUAUAUCUCGAUUCACCAAAAGAUACGAAUUCAAAUUAUUAUAUCGUGGCAGUAGAGACGGAUUUUCCAGUGGUACUUAUCAUUCGCUAUGUGACAACAAAGGGAAAGUAAUUGUACUUGCAAAAGUUGCUCGAUCUCCAAUGGUAAUUGGCGGCUAUUAUCCAAUGGAUGCAGCCGCACAACUCAACUAUGUCGACUAUGUAUCUUCAAAAAAGAGCUUUAUCUUUUCAUUCAGUCGAAAUAAUUCUGAUGAAGCCACUCCUAGUCGUAUUGGAAGAUUGUCCUAUUCUCCUACGAUUUGUUCUAGUGCUGCGGGACCUGGUUUUGGUCAUGAAGAACUUGUAUUCGAUCUUGAUAGUAGCCCUCGUAGUAAAAUAUGUUAUACAAAAUCAAGAUACUAUAGUCGUCAAAUAGCUGAAUUGGGUGAAUAUGAAAUUGAAGAUGUAGAAGUUUUUCAGCUUAUUAAAUUGUAA